ACACAAAUCAGAUAAUGUUUCUCGCUAAAUAUUCCUAUUCCUAAAUAAAGUUAUUCCAUGUGUUUUAUUAUUCUACAAGAUGUCACCCACUCAAAGGUGAUUGAUUUUUCCUGUUUUAUUAGUAGCACGUGUACAUAACGCCAGAUAGCCCAACUCUUUGGCUUCUGCUUAACAAUGCUCUCUCAUGACUCAUCUUGGAUUCGUUUGACAAUGACAUAAACCUAAACCGAAUUGCGCAACGGGCAUAUAAGGUGAGAUUUCGGUCCUUAGAAAAACUUAAAAUAGUUAAAGUAAAUGAAGAUUAGUCAUAGUUUUUACUAUAGAAAAAAAUAAAGGACUCUACAAAUAAUAACAGAAAUAACACUGUCUUAUAAUAAGCCGCACUAAUUAAUUCAUUAUGAAUUGAAAACUUGGAUAUAGAGCAGCGAAGGCUAACUGUUUUACUUCAACGCUGACGCCUUAUUGGAUACUGCGAGGUAAAAUGAAGUUUCAUGCUACCCAAAAUCGGUGUAUCUGGUAUCGUUUUGAUAAGGGCAUGACUCCCAUAUUCUGUUAUCAAUCAACGGCACGUACACUGCGCUGGUGUUCAUUUGGUUGAUGUACAACGAAUUUUUCGUCAUCAACUUUAGUUGUAAUCUUAAAUUAGGGGUUUGUAUCUGUUCAAGUUUAAAUCUAUUCCUAGUUUAGACCUGCAGGCUUUUUCAAUACGAGUUUGGUUAGCAAUUUGAAAAAGUUAGUAAAAAUGGUAUCAGCGCUGAUAGCGUGAUCGUGGCAGCAAUGCCCAAACCAUUAAAGACAAAAGGGACCGAGGCAACUUGCGACACACGUUACCGUUUAACUCCCGUAGCUGCAAGCUCGUCGGCGCAUGCAUUACCACUAAUGGCGCCAUUUCUUUUAUCAAGAGAAAGCAGUAGACUAAGAUCAGCAGCACUCGUGGUAGAAUCAGAUAGUGCCCCAACGGCAAAGUUGCCUUGCCAACCGAAGCGGCAUCGGGGCUUGGGUGUCGAACAUCUCGUUUCGACAUUCACUCUAUUUGACUUCCACAUAUUUUCGAUGGGUUUAGGCUUUCUCCCUUUAAUUCCUAAGCCCCACGGAAAUACGAAAUUAUCCCCAUCCUAAUGAAAAAUGUUAACGAGUAGAGCAAGCUUUGCCGCUUUUCGCUGCAGUAGCUUGAACAUCGCUGAAGUCUUACGUUAAAACUGAAGCCGUUUGCGAUGCCGAAGCCACGUCGAUCCGACCCGUAUUCGUUCGAGCAAAGCAUUAGGCCAAACUUUCGUCCUAACCCUCUUAAGCCUCUAGUUUUAAACAAGAAGCAACCGCUGAACAGCAGAGCAGUAUACUCAUCAAGAACAGAUACUGCUAGCCAUCGUCUAUUGCUGAUUCAAAAUUUACGCGCUUCCACAGUUGCCACCCAAAUCGAGUAGAGCCAAACGUUGCGCGACGAUCUGAACCCCACAGAGAUCACAACCUAACCUCUUUUUUACCGACUUCAUACAGCUCUGCUUUCUUUUUCCAUUGACGCUGCUGCUUCACUCUGGGCUUACCCGCAGACACGCGCAGUAACAAAUAUAUAUACAAAAAGGGGGAGAUCGCAAAUUGCACAGGCUAUGUCUUUUGAUGAGCCGAUCACUAUGCAUAGGGCUUUGUAUGUCUGCCUGUAGGACUUUAAUGUGUCCCAGAAGAUCACUGGAUUAACGCCAAUUAAGCCCUCUGUUUUUCGCUAAAUAAUCUGCCGCCUCUCUCGGCUGUUACUGUAAUUCGUUGGUCUUGCAAGCUACAUACAAUACAUACUAUUCUGAGUAUAGUGCAUCGGAUGUAGCAUACCAACAGCAAGCUGGGAUUGUAUGGGGAACAUACAGCCUCAAGUAGACUAGUUGCGCACAGAUCGACAACUGCCGACUGAUAGAGACGUUCUUAGCUCGUCAAAAAACAAAAGCUACAGGCUUCGAUCAAUAGUACGUGAAACGCAAUCGCCGUCGUUGGGGUUGGCCAAGGGGUUUUUGCAGAAUCGCACUUUUUUAUAGCUGCUUGCAUGAAACGGGUUCUCCCAAAGGAUAUCUUCUCAGCCUUCUUGUCUUAUCAUCGAUAGCCUUGUGGGUAUUACCCCUAUAAUAAUGUGCAUUAAUAACUGUUCAUGCUGCAGUAGCUACUGUUUUCGAUGCGCGUAGUCUCUCUGAGAUGUAACAGCAAAACGAAUCCAGACACAGACGACACGUGUAAGAAUUCUGGCGGCAAGAAGCAACAGUAAAAAGGACUUGCCCUAACAAGGGCUAAAAAGACGAGCAACAUCGUAGAAAGUAAGAAUCAUUUUGUCAUAAUGAAAACACCGUCAUGCAGCAAAUGAAAACAUUAAACGAGAAGUUGGACCGAUGCGCAGAAUUGCCUGGCAAAAGCAUUGUACGACAAUCACGCGGAAUCACCAGAGGAACUCGAAUUUCAGAAGGGUGAUGUACUGACCGUGCUCGAACAGAACCCCAACGGAUUACAAGGAUGGUGGCUCUGUGCUCUUCGAGGACGUCAGGGUAUCGCCCCAGGAAACCGGUUACGCCUAAUGCCGUACAUGUACGAUCCAACUGGACUAGGAUUUGCUACAGGGGUCGUGGCUCACAAUGUGGCGAUGACCUCUAGUGCUCCACACAACCAUAUCCAACAGUGCCCAGCUGGGCUUACCGUAACGGGCUGCACGACCCUGCCGAAUCGCGGCUCGAACGCCAAUAGAAGACCCCCAACUGCUGUGGGCGUGGGGGGUCCUCCAGCUGGCGCUCGGGUCGUCCUUCCAGUACGGCAUGGUGAUGUUUUUGUCUAUGACACCCCGCAGGUGGGGAUGGGUACUGGAGGCGGGGGUGGACUCAGUGGACGUUCCGAGUACGAUGUCCCAGCCGUAGCGACCCUGCCUCGAGCCAAUCUCCAUACCCGUGACGGCAUUCUGGUGCAGACAACGCCGAAGCUACAAACGUUCGCGGUCCCAUCAACUCAAAGCCAAAAUUACGAUGAGCCGAAGCCUUCAUCAAAGCUUAGUGGAAAUGGUGGAUGCCAGUAUGAUAUACCGCGCGGCAUCAAUCAACAUUUCCGUGGAAUGUCCCUCUCGGACGGUCAGUACGAUUUCCCACAGGCGCAAGGAGCAAAGGCUGUCAAUGGAACAGCUCCCGAAGCGGCAGGAGCUGAUCACGCCGAGUACGACGCCCCCGCUGCGCGUAGCGCUGUGGCACCCCUCAAAGCGGCUUCUUUGUACGACAAACCACCAAACCAACAACAGCAAACCCAUCAAAAACUCGACAUGAGUACAUUCAAGGAAAAGUGUCCUUCGUACGAUGUGCCGGUGGCAUCCGCCGUGACGAACGCAAGGAUGUCCUUUCACUCACAAGGAUCUAGUUCCGGUGUGACGGGUAGUCAGAGUAGCCUAAAUACAAGCCUCUCCAGUGGAGGAGGAUCAAAUAGAUCAUCAUUGGAACAGCAAGCCGAGGAAGCGUACGAUAUCCCGCAGUUAGGCCAUAAAAGGCCUACUGGUGGAUUGGAUACAACACCCACUGGCCUUCUCAAGAUUGCCUCCGCCACAGGAAGGGCUUCCGGUAAUAGCGUUUAUGAUACACCACCACAGGUAACCCGUGACAUCCCCGUGCCGUCCAAUUUUAGUAUGGAAGCGGCAGAGUACGUUUCUCUACCACCGGGAGGAGGAAACACUUCUGUAGGUUCGAAUAUUGACCCACCAUCAGCACGAGAAGCCGUUCCCCUUGAACUUCAUUCGUCCCUGGAAGCUCUCGUCAUACACCAGCAGGAGGUCCAAGCAGCGGCACAGUUACUUUUCGCGUCGUUAGCCGCAACUAGCCAGACGCAGAGUCAAACGGCAAAGGAAAGUCGCGAAAGCAUGCGGGUGCCUUGUCAUACGUUGCUCAACAGCGUUCGAGGCUUCUUCACGUUCGCACGUGGCGCGGUCAACAGUGCCCGUUCUAAUGCUCCCGAUACAAAAAUGGUCGCCAAAAUCGAGCGUCUUGUACAAACCCUAGCGACAUCGUACUCAGUUAUUGCUGAUGCCUGCGCCGCUAUGGACAAACUUGAUUGGCAGUGCCACAAUAAACAGGGUGAACGUGAUGACUUUGAUCGCCUGGUUGCAUGCGCUCGAAGUUUGACUGACGACGUUCAGCAGAUCAGUCUGUGCGUACAAGGCAACGCCACGCUAAUCUUUCGGCGAACACCGCCAGCCCAGGAAAUUCGUCAGCGGCCGCUACCUCGACUACCAUCGACAGAUGGACUACGAGCUGGACAAGCGGCCGACACGACUGACGGCAAAGAGCCCGACUACAGCGAAUAUGAUUACAUUCAAAUGCAGAAUGAAACGCCGAUAGAGAAAACCGGAACUACUGCCGAACUGGCGCCGCAGCACGAUUUUGGAGCUCACUACGACAGCUUACUCAAGAGAUCACAGGAAAUGAUCGCUGACAAGUCAACUGUCGCAGAAGUGCCAGCCCACGUAUGCAAUGACCACAUGCUACGAGAGUAUUAUUCCCCUCGGCUUAACGAUGCGAUAUCCUACCUUAGUGAAUCGAUCUCCGCUUUUCUCGCAGCCAUCGAAAAGAACCGACCGCCACGCAUAUUUGUUGAACAUACGAAAUUCGUAUUGAUUGCCGCGCAUCGCGUUGCUUGCAUCGGCGAUACGCUACAUCGGCAUCUAGCCGAUCAUGGCGAGAGCGAGAAGUUUCGUCGUUGCUCAGAAAAGAUUUCUACCUCGUUAAGGCUUCUUGUAGACACAACGAAGCGAGCAGCUCUGCAUUUCCCAGCCGUGGUGGCUAUCCAGGAAAUGGUCGAUACAGUAAUGGCUGUGAGCCAUCUGUGUCACGCACUCAAAGGCUGUUUUGUCGUUAACACACCCCAGCUUCAACAAGCCGAGCAACAACAACAACAACAGCUGCAGACAGCCUCUUCUGCUACACCGGCGGGGAUGAUUGUCAACUAAAAGGACAAACUGGAAAAAGAAAACCGCACAGAAAGUCGUGGAUGUAACAAACUAUGGUUAUUCGAUUUUGGUGUUUGGAGAAAGGUAACCUCCCAUUCGUCUUCUAACUGAUCCGCUCUGGUUCUAAAAGUCAAUACUUAAAAUCCCGUCAACGAACCUGUACGAAAAAAUAUACCUACAAACUGCUCGUAGCGUAGAAAUGCGAAAGUUGUCUUAUCUAUGUAGCGUAUUUGGGGAAGCUCAGAAGCCAGUAAUGCCUCAAAUUUACAUACAGAGUUACUAUGCUUCGAGUUAUUUGAAGAGAACAGCUCGUUCCAGCUCUGCUACUGAAAGUAUCGUUAAAAAAACUGGUUUGGUGUUAUCUGGAAAAACCAUUUCGUUUUGGCGGCACAAUUGUUGCGGGGUUAUAUCGGAAGGCAGUUUGUCGGAUGCCCCGUUUGGAUGCCCCCGUAUAUAUAUAUAUAUAUAUAUAUAUAUAUAUGCAAAGUUCAACUAAAACAAAAAUGCAGAAAACGACUAAGAAGUUCUGCAAGCUGUAGCUUCAUAGCCCAUUUAAGCAGAGGAUGCUUAAAUGGACUAUGGAACUGCACGAAAUGUGAGUGGGUGUAAUUGUAGAACCUAGCCUUAAGGAUAUGACUAAGCGGUAACUUGUAGUUGCAACAUGUGAAUCAGUGCAAUUAUCUGAAGCUCCUGUAAAUUAUGUCGAAAAGAACAGAUCAUAAAGUAUGUUUAUGUAGAGACGCAAGUGAAAUAGAUCGGAAGUGUUGCAACCGGUAUAAAUAGAUCUUACUGGACAAUGCUAAUGAAUUGUCGUUUAAGAAAAUCAGUUACAAGACAAAACAACAGACAACCCCCUGACGAGCCAGGUAUCUAACACAAUGUCAAGCGUCCUUGUUCUAUUAUAGUAUUCCAUUGGGCAGACACAAAUUUCCCCAGGUAUUAAAACAUUAUAUUAAUAUUAAUGAAACUUAAAAACGGGGUUGUUUGAGAAGCUA